AAACCCUUUAGAUACCAUGUAAAAGGUUUCACACAACCAAAAAGGAAAGAAAAGCGAAACCCUGCCCUCGAAGCUUUCUCUUUCUUGUUCUCAGGCAUGCAAACAAAGAAAGCUUAUUAGGAAGAGGAGAGAAGUAGAAGAAAAAACAAAAAUCAAAGAGGGCUUUCUUCGUUUUCUUUUUUCUUUUAGUUUUGGUGUUUUGGUUGUUGUUUGGGAUGGCAAAGCGUGGAGCAGAGGAGAUAACAAAGGAGGAGGAGGAGGUGGAGGAAGGAGCAGCAGGAGCAAUGGUGGUGGUGGAACAAGGAGAAAAAGAAGAAGCACACCCAUAUGCAUUUCACGUGUCUGGGCCUCGCAAUGUGGCUAAACCUAAUUGGAGAGACCUCAUCAAUUCCAGUUGGAAAGAUGCAAACUAUAAGAGAACUGUAAUUGCGUGCUUCAUACAAGCAGUUUAUUUGCUUGAAUUGGACAGACAAGAGAAUAGAACAGAGGAAAAUGCUCUGGCUCCAAAGUGGUGGAUGACGUUCAAGUACAAGCUGGCCCAAACUUUAAUUGAUGAAAGGGACGGAUCCAUAUUUGGGGCAGUACUAGAAUGGGAUCAGUCAGCAGCCCUGGCUGACUUUGUGCUCAUUAGACCUAGUGGAGCACCAAAGGCUGUUUUAGCACUUCGAGGAACAUUACUCAAAGGGCCAACUAUCAGAAGGGAUAUUGAGGAUGACCUCCGCUUUCUAGCUUGGGAAAGCUUGAAGGGUUCUGUAAGAUUUAAAGGAGCAUUGGAGGCAUUAAAAUCAGUCGCUGAAAGGCAUGGAAGCAGCAAUGUAUGUGUUGCAGGACAUUCCUUGGGGGCUGGCUUUGCUUUACAAGUGGGGAAAGCAUUGGCUAAGGAAGGGCUAUAUGUGGAUGCUCAUUUGUUUAACCCACCUUCUAUUUCGCUGGCUAUGAGCCUAAGAAAUAUUGGAGAAAAAGCAGGUUUUGCUUGGAAGAGACUUAAGUCGAUGCUUCCUUCAAGCAGUGAACCUCAGGCAAGUAGUGAUGAUGGUAUCAAGGAUAACUCUUUAGGCCUAAAGAAUUGGUUAGGCCAUAUAUAUGGGGAGAAAACUUCUGUGGGAUUGAAAAAAUGGGUGCCUCACUUAUAUGUGAAUAAUAGUGAUUAUAUCUGUUGCCAUUACACUGACCCUGAAGGAACAGAGGAAAAAGAUGCUGACAAGGAGAAUGUUGGUCCUACAAAUGGGCAAGUUGCAGCGAAGCUGUUUGUGAUGUCAAAGGGGAAACAAAAGUUUCUUGAGGCUCACGGGCUGGAGCAGUGGUGGUCUGAUGACCUGGAUCUCCAGCUUGCUCUAAAUAAGAGCAAGUUGAUAAGCAGGCAAUUGAAGUCCCUGUAUAGCCUGCAGGCUCCACAACAAGCACAGGGAAGGCCCAGAUAACAAAAGGCCAUUGCUUUCAUUGAAUUACUCCUGUUUCUAAAUCGGAUCCUUCUGUCUCUUUUGUGAUAUGUGUGCAUCUUUUGAUAAGUUGGCUUUUCUGCUUUCUCAUCCUUACUUACCAAAAUCAGCAAAUGUAUACCAUCUUACCUCGAAAUAUAUAAAACCAUUCUUUGUCAACUCUCAA